UGAAGACAAUGAUGAAAAAAGAGAGACAUGAACUGGAACAAGCAAAAAAAGACUUUGAGAGAAAUAUAAAGGAAUUCAUGAAGGAGAAUUCAAGAAAUGAAGAAAAACUGCUACAACUUACACAAGACAAGGAGGAAUUAUCAAACAACCUUGAUAAGAAAAAUAAGGAAAUAGAGAGCAUCACAGAAGCAUUCGUGAUAAAGUUGGGACAACUGGAAGAGACUAUAGGGUCACUGAAAGAAGAGAAGGAAAACAUUGAAAAUGAGUUGCUUCAACAAAAGCAAAAUGAACAGGAGACACUAAAAAUCAAGAGAAAAACAGAUGAUACUUCCAUUGGAAGUGACACACAUGCUGAGAAUGUCACAUAUAAAACAGCACUGGAACAACUACAAGACACUAAAGAGGAGAAAAAGACAGACAGAGACAGCAGUCUGGAACUGACUGGCAUUUAUUGGGCCAAAACAGAUGAAGAAACAAAAGCAAAAACCUACAAAACUGACACCCAAAGAGAAGUUCUUCAGCUAAUGGAUGGCACAACCCUAGAAAGAGAUGAGCUAAACAUCAUGACAGCUGAACUACAGAGGCAACAUGACGAAAAGGAGAAUAAAAUGAAGAUCAUACAAACUGGCCUUCUUGAGAUGGAGAAGGCAAAGGAUCACCUGCAUAAAUUAAGGGAUGAAUGUAAAACUGCUGAAGAAGAAAAGUCAGUGAUCAUGGAGAGUCUCGAGAGGAGGAGGAACAGCCUGGAGAAGGUUCAAGCUGAGGUGCUGAGACUUACCAAGGAGACUGAGCAUCUCACACAAAGCUAUGAAUGCAAAAGAAGAGAACUGCAACAAAUUGAGACUGACAUACAAAGACAGACAAGGACUGAGGAGACUCAACAGGAAACUAAUAUUCAGAGUGAACAAGAAGAUCAAGAAGUAAUAGCAACUACAAAAUCCAUUCAAGAACAUACAGAAGAUGUUGAGCAGAUGAGAACUCAAGAGACACAAACUGAAGACCAGGAAAGAGACACUCUACCACAGUAUGUAGAGAUAGAUGCAAUGAAAAGGAGAAUACAGGAAAUGAAAGAUGAACUAAAAAACAGAUUGCAAGACAUACAGAGGAAGGAACUGGAAAAACUUGGAAUGCAAAGAGAAAAAAUCGAGUUGGAGCUACGAAAAGCUGAAAUCGAAAGAUAUAAUGAAGCCCUCAAGCAUGAGAGAGAAACAGACAGACUCAUGCUCAUAGAAAAGGAAAAGGAAAUACUUCUGUUAAGGGAGUGUAUGCUGAUUGAGAUCAAUCGACUGAAGAGCGAAGAAACAGAAACAAGUAGUCAGCACUUGGAGAUUAUGGAGCGCCUCAUUAGUGAUGCAGCUCUAAGAGUGGACAGAUUCAGACGGGUGACGGACAGAGCCGUGCAAACGCUGAUGCUGGAAGGAGAUGGAGAGAAGAUUGGAGGAGCUCAAAGAGUGACAACUGAACAGAUGGAAAGUGUCAGUGGAAGGGUGGAGACUUCUCUGGACGUCCUGAGUGAAGACAGGGAGGAAGGAGCGAGAGGAGAAUCCCAGAGAGGGGGCGUGGCCGGGCCAACUUCACGGAGAUUGCGGCUACUGCACUGGUUCAGACGGUGCUGCUGUUGCUGCUGUCCCAGAAAUCCUAGAUACACUGUGGAGGACACUGAUGACAUUUUAUAAAUGCAGGUCUUUUUCAUUUAGAAGUACAUUUUCAUAUGGAAUUUGACAGAAGCACCUCCUAAACAAAUACAAUAUAUGCAUUAUGAAGAUUUUUAUUUAUAUAUUUAUAUGUAGUAUUGAGUGAGAAAAAAAAAAAAAAAACGCAUAGUGGAUAACAUAUAUAUUUAGUCAUCUAAUUACAGAUUAUUUGCAUUGUAUCAAAUGUUUAAUGUUUAUCACAGUUCAUAAAAUAAAAUAAUAAAUUAGA